GCCCCCGGACGCUGAUGGAUUGGGUCGAUAUGUACCCGAAAUCCGAACAUCACCUUCUAAUAUAUUCUUUGACACAAAUUACUUAUGUCCAAAAUACCCCUGUGGAAGCAGCCCGAGCGAGUAAUCAAGAGGAAGGGACAUUUCAUUUGAAGAUGACGACGACGCUAACAUUUCAAUUUCAACUUCAACUUCCAACCCAACCAUGUCUUAGAACUCGCUGUACGCUAACCAAACAGGGCCAACGAUUUCUCACAAAGAUCUCCACCACCACCACUAACACCAACACCACGGAAAAUCUCAUUCGAAAAUUCGUACAAUUCUCUCCCAAAUCCGUACUUCUAUCCACUCUCACCCACCUCCUCUCUUCCUCUCCUACUACCUCCAACCUCUCUUCUCUCGCCCUCCCUCUCUAUACAAGAAUCACCCAAGCACCAUGGUUCACUUACAACCCAACCAUCGUCGCCGACCUCAUCGCCCUUCUCCACAAACUUGGUCGCUACUCCGAAGCCCAAACCCUAAUUUCCCAAGCCAUUUCAAACCUCAAUAACCAAGAACGAGACCUUGUUCUCUUCUACUCUAAACUCUUGGACUCACACUCCAAACGCGCUUCUCGUACCGGCUUCGAUUCUGCUUUUUCUCACCUCAACCACCUUCUUCACACUUCCUCCUCUUUUUACGUCAAACGCAGAGCUUAUGAAUCCAUGGUUAGUGGAUUGUGUGCAAUGGAUAAGCCUCGUGAAGCUGAAAAUCUGGUUCGGGACUUAAGUCGAACAGAUGGUGAUGAUGAUAAUAAUGGUAAUGGACAGUUUCGAUUUCAACCUUCUGCUUUUGAGUUCAAGGGUAUUUUGUAUGGAUAUGGAAGAUUAGGUAUGUUUCAUGAUUUGCUUAGAGUUGUUGAUCAAAUGGAGAAAAAUGGGUUUGUUAUUGAUACUGUUUGUUACAACAUGGUUCUUUCAACUUAUGGAAAACACGGAGAGCAUGUCGAAAUGGUUUCUUGGCUUCGAAGGAUGAGGGAUUCAGGUGUUCCGUUCUCUAUUAGAACAUACAAUUCUGUGUCGAAUUCCUGUCCGACGAUAAUGAGGAAGGUGGUGGAUAUGGAUAUGAAUGAGUUGGUGUUAUCGAUUGAAGAGUUGAAUGGAAGCUUGGAAGGAGGGGAGGCUAUGGUGGUUAAGGAGUUGGUUUCGUGUUCGGUGAUUUUGGAGGAGGUAAUGGUGUGGGAUUCUAAAGAGGUGAAGUUGGAUUUGCAUGGAUUUCACUUGGGUUCAGCUUAUUUGGUUAUGUUACUUUGGUUGGAAGAGAUGCAAAAGAGGUUGUUGAAUGGUGAGAUUCCUGCAGAAAUCACCGUGGUUUGUGGGUUUGGAAAGCAUAGCAAUGUGAGAGGCGAAUCACCAGUCAAAGUGUUGGUUAAAGAGAUGCUGAUGAAGAUGAAAAGUCCACUCAGGAUUGAUAGAAAGAACAUUGGCUGCUUUGUUGCUAAAGGUAAAGCUGUCAAAAAUUGGUUAUGUGAAUUGAGGAAUCCAUGAUUUAAUUGAAUGAAUAGAACUUUGCUACUACAUGUAUGAUGAUGAAGAAGAUAUACUUGAAACUUAAAUGAUAUGACCAACAUAGUUUUCCAUGUUCUUGCUAAUGCUAUGCUACUGGUAUUUAUUGACUUAAAUUA